AUGUUGGGUCGCGGGAAGCAAGGCGUCAAGGCCCGUGCUAAGGCAAAAAGUCGCUUUUCCAGAGCAGGUUUGCAGUUUCCGGUGGGCAGGAUCUAUCACCUGCUCCGCAAGGGCAGCUAUGUCGAGCGCGUUGGGGCAGGUGCGCCAGUAUACUUGGCAGCGGUGUUGGAGUACUUAAUGGCUGAGAUCUUAGAAUUAGCAGGUAAUGCAUCACGUGACAACAAGAAGACCCGCCUCAUUCCUCGCCAUUUGCAGCUGGCCAUCGGUAGUGAUGAGGAGCUCUACAAGCUGCUGGGGGGUGUGACUAUUGCUCAGGCUGGCGUCCUGCCCAAAAUCCAGCCUGUGCUCCUACCCAAAAAAACCGAGAGCCACCAUCACAAAGUACAGAGCAAGUAG